AAGCAUUGGACGGUGGUGGGCGGGAGCGGGGGCAACCAAGCAGGCAAGCGAAGCAAUCCAGUACACUCCACGGCACCGCCACGACAAGAGGUGGGCGAAGUGAGAGUGGGGGGACGGGGACGAGGACGGGGACGAGGGCGGCGAGGCGAGGCGACGCCGAGAGAUCCCAAGGACCCGGCGGAGAGAUGGGCAUUCGCAGAGCUCGCCGGUUUCUCCUACUCCUCGCCACGGUUGUCCUCCUCCUCCUCCACGCGCCGCCGCUGGUGUCGUGCGCCGACCUGUACGCGCUCAUCUACAAGGGCUGCGCCAACCAGACCUUCCCCGGCGGGGGCCUGCCCCCCACCAUCGCCGCCCUCUCCUCCGCGCUCUCCGCGAAGUCCACCUCCACUAAGUUCUACAAGACCUCCUCCUCGUCGGCGUCGGCGCCCUCCACCUCCGUCUUCGGCCUCUUCCAGUGCCGCGGGGACCUCUCAGGCUCCGACUGUGCCGCCUGCGUCUCCCGGGCCAUGUCCUCCUGGCCCGACGUCUGCGGCGCCUCCGUCGCCGCACGGGUCCAGCUCGCCGGCUGCCUCGCGCUGUACGAGGUGUCCGGGUUCCCCCAGGUCCCCGGCAUCCAGAUGCUCUUUAAGACCUGCGGCACGGGGGGCGGCGUCGGGGGUGACUUCGAGAUGCGCAGGGAUACCGCUUUCGCGCAGCUCGAGGGCGGCGUCGCCGCCAGCACCGGCGGGUUCGUCGCCACCAGCUACCAGGCCGUGUACGCCAUGGCGCAGUGCGAGGGCGACCUCUCCACAGGGGACUGCAGCCAGUGCGUCACACAGGCCGUGCAGCACGUCGAGGUCGAGUGCGGCGGCGCGCCCUCCGGACAGGUGUACCUCGACAAGUGCUACAUUAGCUACAGCUACUACCCACACGGCGUGCCCCAUGGCGGAGGCAUGGGAGGGCAGCAGACAGCAAAGACUGUAGCCAUCGUGCUCGGGGGAGCGGUAGGUCUGGGUUUCCUGGUCAUCUGCUUGCUUUUCGCCAGGAGCUUGGUCAAGAAGAAGGACGAUCACUGAUGGUAAAGCACUGAGCAUCUGGACAAAGGCGUCGGGGCAUGGUAUGCAUUUUGAUAGGGGUGUGGAUGUUUGUUUCUUCAAGGUGGUGAGUGGAAUACAGAGGGGAUUGUUUUUUGGCUCUUCUUCCUCUGGCUAUGUGAGGGUGCCAUCCCCCAUGAUGAGAGAGGAAAAGGGUUGGCGACCCGUUCAGGCAAGAAACUGUUCUGGGAGCUAUUUUGGCUUCACGAUUAAUUGGUAGAUGAUCUCUGGGUCUGGGCUGUCACCUGUGCCUCUCCUGCUUAGGGCUCUAGGAGUACAUUGAUUCUCUUGUAUUCUUUCCCCCAAAGGAAAAUACGUGUAGAUCUAGGCAGAACGCAUUUAGUCUUUUUAUUUUACGGUUUGCAGGAGCAGGUUGAGUGUCACUUGGUUUUGCUAUGGAGAAUUUUCCAUGUGUUCUAGAACCAGAUUUUACUCUAGGUUUGGUAAUAGCUGUUGAUACCACUGGUUAAUUUGUCUCUAGCCUUGCAGAUAUGGACAUUGCUGACCUUAAAACCAGUCAGCUGUGCCUUUUUGACUUACUAAAGCUUUCCGUCGUAUAUUUCUGAAUGUUUGAUUGAAAAAAGUUGCUGCCAUAGAAGCGUCUAACAAGGGCAUGUCAAAUUUGUGAUGUUGCGACAUGUCGCACUGUUAUUGGUAGAAAAAUGUCCUGACAUCAGAAUGAGAUAAGAGUUGAGUAGUU